CCAGCCCAUCGACUAUUAAAAUGGACUCCAGCAGUAUCAAUGACACCAGCGCCCCAACUAUUAUAAUGAACUCCAGCAGUAGCGAUGACACCAGCCCAUCGACUAUUAAAAUGGACUCCAGCAGUAUCAAUGACACCAGCGCACCGAGUAUUAUAAUGAACUCAAGCAGUACCAAUGAUACCAGCGCACCGACUAUUAUAAUGAACUCCAGCAGUAGCGAUGACACCAGCGCCCUGACUAUUAUAAUUAACUCCAGCAGUAGCGAUGACACCAGCGCCCCGACUAUUAUAAUGAACUCCAGCAGUAGCGAUGACACCAGCCCAUCGACUAUUAAAAUGGACUCCAGCAGUAUCAAUGACACCAGCGCACCGAGUAUUAUAAUGAACUUAAGCAGUAGCGAUGACACCAGCGCACCGUCUAUUAUAAUGAACUCCAGCAGUAGCAAUGACACCAGCCCAUCGACUAUUAUAAUGGACUCCAGCAGUACCAAUGAUACCAGCGCACCGACUAUUAUAAAGAACUCCAGCACUACCAAUGAUACCAGCGCACCGACUAUUAUAAUGAACUCCAGCAGUAGCGAUGACACCAGCGCCCCCACUAUUAUAAUGAACUCCAGCAGUAGCGAUGACACCAGCGCCCCCACUAUUAUAAUGGACUCCAGCAGUAGCAGUGACACCAGCUGCGCGUCGAUGUUUACCAUACACGCCGCGGGUCAUUUUUUGGAACGUGCCUCGUUGUUAGCAGCAUGCAAUAAUAACGCCAACCGUCCGCUGCUUGGUGAAUUGAACAUAAAUGGCUACAAUCAAAUUAAACAACUCGUACUAAAAACCUUUCCAAACUGCAACAUCAGUAAGAUACGUCAUGUCUACGCCCCACAGAUGUACGGCAUGUAUUUGCUGCGCGAAGAAGAAAUGAAACUGGACGUUGGCCAAAGUGUCCAGGAGAAAACGCUGUUCCACGUGACCACCGAGUCCAGAGCAAUAGAGUCGUUAGAGAGCGGACUUGACUGGAGACGCACCAACCGCAACAAGUUCGGGCGCGGUGUUUCGUUUAGCGACAACGCUGACUACGCCAACUAUUACGCUGAUAAUCACCACAGCGAAAACGCACGAGUGAUCAUAAUAUGCUCCGUACUGGUAAGAGACACGUACGUGAUCCCUAGAUACGACGAUGGAGGCACGUUGAUUGUACCACCCAAUAGUGCAGAUACGACAAAUAGCUCUAACGGUUACGUUUACGUUAAGUUCAAUGAUAAUGAAUUUUAUCCAAUGUACUUUGUGUACUACGAGCGGAGACCCGAACACAUGAAUAAGAGCAAAUUUUACCGUGCUAACAACCGCCGGAAUCGCUAUGAACCCUACAAACGUCAUCUUCACUACACCGACGAUGACUUCUGAUUAUUAGAAAUAAUUAUUUUUAUUUUUUACGUAACUGAACGUUAUUUAUUAUUGUACAAAUGUCUUUUAACUAUCAUAUUUUUGUUAAUUAUAC